CCGUUGCUGCUGUGGUGGCCUUCACUCGUUCAGUUCAACACGAAAGUCCUGCUGGUCAUGUCGAGGUUAGCCACCCAGUAGCCUGUAGGCAGCCUCCACCGUUCAGAAUGGGGGUGAAAGAUCACCCUCAGUGCUACUUUGAUGUGGAAAUCAACAGGGAGCCAGUUGGACGCAUUGUCUUUCAGCUGUUCUCUGACGUUUGUCCAAAGACAAGCAAAAAUUUCCUCUGCUUAUGUACUGGUGAAAAGGACACUGGAAAAACUACAGGGAAAAAAUUGUGUUACAAAGGCUCUACAUUCCAUCGAGUAGUUAAGAACUUCAUGAUCCAAGGGGGAGAUUUCACCGAAGGCAACGGAAGAGGAGGAGAGUCCAUAUACGGAGGCUACUUUGAAGAUGAGAACUUUAUUCUCAAACAUGACAGAGCAUUCCUCUUGUCCAUGGCCAACCGCGGCAAAGACACCAACGGUUCCCAGUUUUUCAUAACUACCAAACCAGCACCACAUCUUGAUGGAGUUCACGUGGUCUUCGGGCUGGUCAUCUCUGGUUUUGAAGUAAUAAAAAGAAUCGAGGGCCUGAAGACUGACUCUGCCAGCAGACCCUACGCUGAUGUCAGAGUGAUCGACUGUGGACAGCUGAUUACAAAAUCUGCUAAUGAUGUACUGGAACGCAAGAAGAGGGAAGGUUUUCAUUCUGAGGAUGACUCGCCGAGUUCUUCAGAGUCACACUACUCCUCAUUUGAGUCUGGAGAAGAAUCUGAUGAAAAGUAUACGCGCCGAAAGAAGAAAACCAGCUCCAAGAGCAAACACUCAAAGAGGAGAAGGAAAGAUGUAGAGAAGAAUGAGAAACGGCAUGAAAAAAGGACAGUUCAAAAAUGCCCUGCUGAGCGAGAGAUGGCAGAGGAAGAGGAUGGAGAGAAGGAGCAGAAUGUGAAGAGAGAGAAACCUGUGGUUCGACCAGAGGAGAUCCCGCCUGUGCCAGAGAACCGCUUCCUGCUCCGUCGAGACAUGCCAGUCCAGGAAGAGACAGCUGACCUGACUGAACAGGAGAAAGCAACAGCCCCCAGUGACCCCAAGCCAGCUGUCACAAAAUCAGGGCGGAAGCUCAAAGGCCGUGGGACCAUGAGAUACCAUACCCCUCCUCGGUCAAAGUCCCGGUCUGAGUCUGAGGAAGAAAGAGGGAGCAGUGAGACUCCUCCACACUGGAAAGAGGAGAUGCAGAGAACAAAGACUUACCAGCCUCCCAGUGUAGAGAAAUGGAGCAAAGGAGAAAAAUGGGAUGAUAGAAGUGACACCCCAUGGUCGCGGUCAAGGUCCCGAGAGCGUUCUUCAGGUCAGAGCUCAGACCAUUCUAUCCAACACCACCGACACAGGAAGGAAAAGAAAAAAGCCAAACGAAAGAAGAAGGCAAAGAAACGGAAACAUUCAAAGAAACAUAAAAAGAACAAAUUUAAAGAGGCUUCACUUUCAGAGGGAGAGAGGUCUAUGUCGUCUAGUAGGAGGUCAAGACUCUCCAGCCAUUCUGAGAGGAGAUCUUAUUCACGCUCUCGCUCUCCAUCCACUUCACGCCACUCACGUAGAACUUAUAGAUCAGGGUCAAACAGGAGGCACUCCUCAUCACGUUCAUCUAGAGAUACCCGGUCUUAUUCUGGUUCGAGAGGCAGGUCCUAUUCCAGAAGUUGCUCAAGGUCUGAGAGUAGGUUUAGAUCCUCCUCAAGGUCCAGGUCUAGGAGUCGAUCUGGACGGUCUAUUACAAGAUCCAGGUCACAUUCUCGCUCUAGGUCUGGGUAUAGGACAAGAUCCAGGAGCAGAUCUAGGUCCAGGUACAGGACUCCAUCCCCACAUUACAGGAGAAAAUCAAGAUCCCCUAAACGAGCAAAGCUGAAUGAAGGCAGUACACAGAAAAUUAACAAAACUUUACCCACCACUGCUCAAACUGUAGAAUCCAAAGCACCUCCAGCAUCUUCUUCUGAGGGGGCCCCUGUGCUGCCUUUGAGUGACAGCCCGCCACCAUCUCGAUGGAAACCAGGACAGAAGCCCUGGAAACCCUCUUAUGUCCGGAUCCAAGAGAUCAAGGCAAAGACAGACUCCACUUCUCAUCAUCUUGAAAGCAGAACACCAGGUGUGGAUCUUGAGAGGGAACCUCUGUCCACCUUUCAGAGUCAGAUGGAGGAUCCCAAUAGUGCGAGGCAACAUGGUGCUAACAGCAAGCAACCUGAUGAUCUCCUACAAAGAGGAUCAUCCAGAAGUCAAUCAUCUAGUCGAUCGAGAAGCAGGAGUCACUCAAGAUAUCAGUCCAUGUCACCUGGCCAGUACAACCACAGGUCUUCCUCUUCUUCCUCCUCUUCCAGCAGGUCAGACUCUCAUAAUUCAUAUAGGAAAAGGUCUUCGGAGAAGAGGGGGAAACGUCAUCAUAGAUCUCUUAGAAAGAGCCGAAAGAGAGCCAAGAAUGUAGUACAUAGCCAUGCCAAAAAAGAUGCAUCUCCCCCUCACUCAUAUGACGAAACUGACGCUAUGCACAGUCCCAUCAACCAGCACAAUAGUUCUGAGGUACAGGAAAAUGCACUAGAUCCAGUGUCAGAUUUUGCCUGUAAGACAGAUCGAGCAAAGAAUCUCAAUGUAAACAAAACCUCACAUAUUGUUCUUAAAAAGAGUAAAACUGGAUCCGGAUGGGAAAGUGAUGGGGAUAAUUUGAGCAAACUGAGCUCUGUUGAUGUGCAUAAUGCGACUCAAAUUUGUUCUAAAAAGGAAGUUGGACUUUCUGAAACGCAAAAGAAGGAGAUUUUGGCACGCUGUUGGGAGUCUGAAAGUGAGUCUGAAAUGCCAGAAUCAAAGACUAUGGUCAGUGAAACUAAACAUGUGUCAGACAAGGAAGAGGGGGAAGCAAGUUCAGAAUCUGAAACUGAAGCACCUGCAGGGCCGUGCAACAAACCAAACCAAGUCUCCAGGGUAUCAGAAGAAUUAAAAAGCAGCGAGGAACAUUCUGAUGAGUAUACAAAGGCAGAAAAGCACAAGAGCAAGAAGGCCAAGCGGAAGCACAAGCACAAGAGGAGAAACUCUGACAGGUCUGGCUCUCAUCGAUUGAAGACCAAAACCAAAAAGUCCAAGAAGAAGCACCAAAAGCCAAAGGAGACAUUUCACUGGCAGCCUCCUCUAGAGUUUGGUGAUGAAGGGGAGGAGGAUGAUUCACUUGCUCAGGUGAAGCAUAUAGACCUUAGACAGGAAGGUACUGUCAAGGAAGAACCCACAAGAUCAGUAAAGGUUACGCAGAUGAAAUCUCAAGAUUUUAAAAACAAGGAUCAUGAGAAUGUGAGCGAGGAUUCAUCUAAAGAACAGUGCUUAGCUGUGGAAGCCUCUUAUUCUAUGAACAUGCCUAAAAGCCAGCAACUGAGGCUAAAUAUUCAGGUAGCGAAAAAAAACAGCACAAGAUCCGCAGAUCAAUUCAAGUCACUCAAAUGCUAAAGCACAACAUGCCCAAGACCGACAGAAAGAUCAUGAUGAUACAGAGGCGCGUACC